AUGCCUCGUUUCUCUUUCGCGCACGCUGCUGCGCUUCUGGUUGUUGUACCCACCUUGAUUGCUGCUUCUCCCCUCAGACUUCCUCAGAGAGAUUCCACCCUGCAAUGCCCCGACGCGGAUGGGCAGACUGUUCAGGUUGAUACGUCUUCUUUCCUCAUAACUUGCGACUACGACUACCUUGGCAACAAUCUUGGCAACCUGGUCUGGACAAGCGAUUUUGAGGACUGUCUCUCCACUUGCGACAACACGACGGGCUGUGCUGGCGUCUCCUACAAUGGAGGCGCUUGUUGGCCGAAGAGCUCGACUGACGGUGAUUUCGUGGCUACCACUGGGGUCUGGGCUGCAAAGAAGGUCGUCCCACCCGUCUCAUGUCCCGACUCCGAUGGCAACGACUACACUGCGACCGAUGGCACUGUCUACACUAUUGAGUGCUCUGUAGAUCGCUAUGGAAAUGACAUACCCAUGACCUGGGAGAGCAGCUUUGGAGACUGUAUAGAAAGCUGUGAGACGACGGAUGGAUGUGUCGAUGUCUCCUACAUAUCUGGGACUCCCGGUCCAUGCUAUCUCAAGAACACUGUCGGCGCAGGGAGCUCGGACUCAAGUGUCUGGGGUGCUAUUAAAAAGUCUGCCAUCCCCACGCCCACGCCCACUCCAACCCCCUCGUCAACUGCCGCGCCAACUCCGACCGCAACUCCCUCAGUUUGCACCAACGGCUUCACAACCGAGGCCCUCUCGUGUCCCGCAGCAGACGGUCUCUGCUACGUGGAUGCUACUGGCGCGAUAUAUGAGCUAGAAUGUUCGAAGGAUCGUUACGGAGGUGAUCUUUCGAUGUCUUGGGAGUCUAGCCUCGAGAGCUGUAUUGCGACCUGUAGCUCAACUGCUGGCUGCAUUGACGUCUCCUACGUUCCUGGAACGCCCGGCCCGUGCUACAUGAAGUCCACGGCAGGCGAGCCACAGUCCAACGAUGGCGUUUGGGGAGCGCUUCUUGUCUCUGGCUCGUCGUCAACCACAACAAGCUCCUCGGCUGCAGCUGGCUCUAUAUCCAGCUCUGCUGCGGCCAGCUCUACGUCCAGUUCUGCUGCGGCCAGCUCUACAUCUAGCUCUGAUGUGGCCAGCUCUACAUCAAGCGCUGCGGCAUCUAGCGCUGUGGUGUCCACUACCACCAGCACAACUUCGGCUACACUAACAGCCACUAACCUCAUAACCAACGGCGACUUCAACACCGGAAACCUGGCUGGCUGGACCGUCUCCGUGCUGCAAAACACCGGCACCUCCGACGAGCCAAUCGUCGGCACCUCCGACUCGCCGACCAACAGCCCGCAUUUCAUCUUCACCAUGAACACGCCCUCCGGCGAGGACUCGUCCAUGCUGACCAUGAGACAAACGAUCAGCGCGGCGCAGGCCAACACGUGGUACAAAGUCACGUUCUCCUACAUGAUGGAGUCCACCGGCCCCUUCGCCUCGGGCAGCGACUGCUACAUCUUCGGCCAAACCAGCAACGGCCAGUUCUUCCACCAGUACGCGCCCAGCAUGCCCUACUACGCGAACACGGACGCAACCAAUACGUGCUCGAUGACCCAGGUCGGCCAGCCCGUCCCCGCUUCCGGGGAGUGGGUCACGGUGAGCGCGUACAUGCAGUUUGCGGAUUCGAAGACGGAAGUCUAUAGCCCCACGACGCACAGGUAUGUCUUGACGGAUUCGGGAGUGUUGGAUACCACGUUCUACAUCGAGGCUGCGUGUGGAGAGGGCAUCUCCAACACGAUUCACAUCGACAAUAUUAUAAUGGAGAUGGCAACUUGCUAGAGACGUCGAGGACGGGUUGAUGAGGGAGGGCCUGGUGGAACAUAAUGUUGUUUUUAUAAUACCACACUAGUCGAUUCUGAAUUGAACGCAAUAACUCAGGU